AGCCUACAGAGCUGGAUAACACCUCCCUCAGCCCGCAGCAGCCGCCUCAUUUCUCUACACACCAGCUCUGAGUGGAUGCUCAGCAGGGGUGUUUGAGAUAUUAGCCAGCGGCGGGGGGGAUCGGCUCAAGGACUUCCGCCAUCCACACGACAAGGGAAAUGGGAAAAUCGGAAAGCCAAAUGGAUAUCAUGGAAAAAUCUAGUAAACCAGGAAAACACCGCUGGACUGUCGCUGAAAUCGGACUUUCUGUGCUGCUGCUGUUGGUCAGCUGUGCCCUGGCCGGGCUGGUGGUCCUCUACACAACUGUUGUGAAAGAACAAUCUCACCGGCCGACGCUGACAAGAAGCACCACAGUAGACCAACUGUACAGGUCCAGCAUCGACAAUGUGUGCACAACUGCAGAAUGUGUUACUGCAGCCUCCAGACUGUUGCAGAACAUGGAUCAGUCCGUGAAGCCGUGUGACAACUUCUACCAGUACGCCUGCGGGGGUUGGCUGGAGCGACACGUAAUCCCGGAGACCAGCUCCCGUCACAGCGUGUUUGACAUUCUGAGGGACAAACUUGAGAUUGUCCUCAAAGGUGUUUUGGAAACGGAGGAUGAACAGGACCGGGCUGCCAUCCAGAAGGCCAAAGUCCUUUAUAUGUCCUGCAUGAAUGAGAGUCUCAUCGAGCAGCGUGAUUCUCAGCCGCUGCUGCAGCUCAUCGAGAGCAUCGGCGGCUGGCCUGUCGCGUCCAGUGACUGGGCCAACACCACAGGAGAAACGUGGAGUCUGGAGGACACUCUGGCCACACUCACAGCUCGGUACUACAAGAAGGUCCUGCUCGACUUGUAUGUUUGGACUGAUGACCGUGACUCUCGCCGCCAUAUUAUUUAUAUCGACCAGCCUGGACUUGGAAUGCCGUCAAGAGACUAUUAUUUCAAUGAUGGAAACUACAAAAAGGUUCGGGAGGCCUACUUGCACUUCAUGGUUUCCAUUGCAACGAUAACGCGAGAAGACCGGAACUUGACUGUGGAUGACGACCACGUGUGGGAGGAGAUGAUGCAAGUGCUGGAUCUGGAGACAGACAUUGCCAACGCAACAUCACCUGCAGAGGAGCGCCAAGAUGUCACCAUCCUUUACAACAAGAUGACGAUUGAUCAGCUCCAGACCACGUUUCACCUGAAUGGCUUCAACUGGACUCGGUUUAUUCAAGGCGUGCUUUCCAGUGUGUCCAUAGAAGUGCAGCUGGAGGAGGAAGUGGUGGUCUACAGCACCCCUUACCUCGAGAAGAUGAAUGAAGUCCUUUCCAAACACAGUGCCAGAACCAUCCAGAACUACCUCACCUGGCAGCUCAUCAUCGACAGAGUUAACAGCUUGAGCCAUCGUUUCAAAGAUGCCAGAGCUCGCUACAGAAAGACUUUAUACGGAACGACGGUGGAGGACGCUUGGUGGCGAGAAUGUGUCCGGUACGUCCAGAGCAGCAUGGAGAAUGCAGUGGGUGCACUGUAUGUGCGCGAGACGUUCGCUGGAGAAAGUAAGCGAAUGGUCAGCGACCUUAUCAGCAAGAUCCAGAAGGCCUAUGUUGAGACUCUGGAGGAGUUGAGCUGGAUGGACGCUCCCUCGAAGGAAAAAGCGCGAGAGAAGGCCAUGUCCAUCAAGGAACACAUCGGGUACCCAGACCACAUCCUGCAGAGCAGCAACACAAAGCUCGAUCAAGAAUACGCCCAUUUGAAUUUCAGCGAGGAACUUUACUUUGAGAACAUCCUGGAGAACCUCAAGUCAGAAGCUCACAAGAGCCUGAAGAAGCUACGAGAACCAGUUGAUCCAGACCUGUGGAUCAUCGGGCCGGCAGUGGUGAAUGCAUUUUACUCUCCGAACAGAAACCAAAUAGUGUUUCCGGCUGGAAUCCUGCAGCCACCCUUCUUCAGUAAACAUCAACACCAGGCGCUGAACUUUGGUGGCAUAGGAAUGGUCAUUGGACAUGAGAUCACGCACGGAUUUGAUGACAAUGGACGCAAUUUUGACAAGGAUGGAAACAUGCUCAACUGGUGGAGUAACUUCUCCGCCGAGCACUUUAAAGAGCAGUCGCAGUGCAUGGUCCAACAAUACGGCAACUUCAACUGGAAACUGGCCGGAGGACAAAACGUCAGUGGAAUCAGCACUUUGGGGGAGAACAUCGCCGACAACGGAGGGGUGCGUCAGGCGUAUAAGGCUUAUCUGCAGUGGGUGGAGACGGAAGGGGAGGAGGCUCGUCUGCCGGGACUGGGUCUGGACCACAAGCAGCUUUUCUUUCUCAACUUCGCUCAAGUUUGGUGCGGAGCCUAUCGACCCGAAUACGCCAGCCAGUCCAUCAAGACAGACUCCCACAGUCCUCUGGAAUACAGGGUGCUUGGAUCUCUGCAAAACUUCGAGGCAUUUUCAGAGGCGUUCCAGUGCCCGAAAGGAAGUCGGAUGAACCCGGAGCGGAAGUGUCGUGUCUGGUAGAGAGUCUGGCUUGGUCCAACCCACACUGAUGCUCCUGCUCAUGACUAUUUAUUUAGGGAAACAGUGGUGAAAUGGAGAGUUCGGGAUUACAACCCUCAGUUUUGAUUCUGUAAAGUAACUUUCAUCGAGUCUGCUGACUGUUGCUGGGGAGCCACCCGACUGAAAGGGUUCCAGAUUGUUACACUUUUCUGUAGAUUUCGUGAAUCAUCCGCUGAAGUUUGAUGGGGCGCUGGAACCCUCUGGUGUAUUUCUAUCUUGAGGGUGUUGGGAGAAACUAAACGGAGAGGUACCAUUUGAAUAAAGAAGGAAAAGCUUGAGGCUUUGCCGGAGCGCGGCGGCGCUAGAUUAGUCACAGUCGGAGAGUCUGGUCAUUCACUGUUACAUAAAACAAAUUACCGAAAGACUGUUAAAUCAUCGCUGAGCGCAGCAGGUUCCAGCAUUGUUACACUCGCAAGGUCAUGAAAUAUUUAAAUGGAGGAUAAAAGUUUCUUAAUCGCUCUGCAAACGAUUGUUGCCCAUCGGCUGCUGCUGAGACAAAGUUGUGUGGUUACAGAAAGUAUGGCCGAUGCUUUAUGAAUAUGAAUAGCUUGACUUAAAUUCACAGAGGGGCCACAGUAAAAUAGAGCUUUCUCAAGAAAGAGCGAGAAUAACAUGGAAUAUAUAACAAGAAACGUUGGACAAUCGUUGAGAAAGAACAGUCAAUGUGUUUGAUAAAAAAUGAUGUAGUUUCAUAUAUAUAUAUAUAUAUAUAUAUAUAUAUAUAUAUAUAUAUAUAUAUAUAUGAGAUAUAUAUAUAUGGCCCCGUAACUGUCAUCAGAUUUUGCUUUUAACAGCUUUUUCUGUUAAUAGCAGCGGCACAUUUAAAUAGCAUUGGAAUGUCAAUAUUGUGUGCAAUAUACAUGUCACUUUAGAAUCACCAUAACCAUGGAACGGACACGGAACGGUGGACUGGACUUAGGGAACCUUUAUAAUGACUUGUCCAAUUAGGAAGUCUGUUAAAACACAAAAAAUACCAAAAUGUAAUGUCCAUGAGAUGAGUUAAGUUAGCAGAUGAAAUAUAUAUAAUAUUUUGGAAAAUUAAUAUUAGCUGAAAAUCUAAAAAAAAAUGAAUAUAUAUGGGCUUAUAAAUGGAAUUAAGUUUCUUACCAGGAAGAAAAUAUUAUUAAAAAUAAAUCUUGAAUAUGUUACGGUACAUCAAAAACAUUUUAAAUAUAUAUGUAUAUUAUUAAUCUGGUAUAGUAGUACAACAUAAGGGCUCAACUUUUAGGAGGAAAGAACAUUGCAAGAAGCCAUAAAGGUGCUAUAUAAAUGAAUUGUUACCACAACAGUCAUUGCACACCAUCUCCUUUACUCAAUUGGAAAGCCAGGCUUUAUUUGGGGAGCAUGAAGAACAGUGGCCCUCAACAUGGCUCCUCCAUCGCUGCUCUCAAGGGUGCCCGCUGAACCGUGCAGCUGAUGGACACACAGAUGAAGUGGCUUCUGCUCUCUGAUCUCGCAUUGAUUAGUGAGUUGAGAUGAAAGUCCUGGAGCACUGUCACUGAACCGCGGAACCCUCGGGCAAGCACGCUGAAUAGAGGCCUGUCAUUGAUGAAAAGGUCAGAGCCAGGACUGUUAUUUUCUACCUUUAUUGACCGGUAAUGACGGGAAACAAACACAUCAGAGGAUGAAAGUCGAGCUCCCCCACGCGCACACGCACACACACACACACACACACACACACACACACACACACACACUUGUUUGCUCGUGGUUGUUCACAGAUGCCUUGCUAAACUGACUGUUAGGUCUCGGCGGAGGCUGCUGAACUGAAUGUCGCUUCAAAGCUUUUUAUUGUCUCCUCUCGCUGUAUUUUUUUGGUGAAUGUUUGGGGUGUAGCUGUGCACACUUUGGGUUCAUAUUCUUUUGAAGCCUUCCUGCUGGCUCUCCUCAUAUGUUCAGUGACUUGCUUUAGCCUCACAAGUUUGAGUCCAUAUGCUACUGUACUCAACUGACAUGAAUGAUCAUCAAUAGGACGCUAUGUUGUAUUAAGGAUUUAGCUCUUUACUACAUCUCUCAGAUCCUGUUGUGACCGAUUUAAAAAGGAGUCAUGUGCUGUUGAGAUUAACUAAUGCUAACAACACAUCAUAGAAACGCAUGAACUUGUAGAGAGACUCAGAGUAAACUCAGAUAAAAUGUGUUUCGUAGUGCUCAACAGUGAUUUAACUUGUGUGAAUACGUGUAAGUAACCAGCCUAAACACGUGCACUGCUACACCCUGGUGAAGACUGUUGAAGCAGAAGUCCUGGCAACACUUUGUCAUGCUAAGAAACAACUAUUUACUCAAACUGUCACAUGAAGUGUUGUUGUAUAUUCUUGAUGUAUUUCUCCCCAAUGUUUAUAUAUAAAUUAUUUCAAUCCUUAUUGUUUUGCUUUCAUGUCAUCACAGUGAAAUGAUCUUGUUUUGUAAUGACCUGCCAAGUAUGAGCUAUUUGAGCAGUAUAUAUAUUGCUAAAUAUAUCGUCACGUGUUUAUCUAUUUACCGAUCAGAGAAAUUUAUUUAUCUACAUGAAUGUUUAUGAGGUAGCAGUGUUGCUUAGCCAGAUGUUUUAAUGACUGUUCCUGCUGCUGUCAAACACACGCACGGACACACACAAUCGGACUGUACAUUUUGUGACUCUUAUCUGUUAUUAAAGUGAAUUGACCAACUACCCAUGUCAAGUCUGUUUCAACACAAAACAAGUGCUGUACAACGUUGGGCUCGAGCUGCUGUUCACCAAUAUAUCCACCAGGGGGAGCGGCCCAGAGUCAACAGUUUUGAAGUAUUGAUCGCGUACCUCUUGCGCAAAAGAGGAAACGGAAACAGUGUUGUAGGAGA